UAUUUUGCGUUUAAUUCAGAAAUAAAGUUACUUUUAUUUUGAAACGUUUAACAUCCGGGUGACGUCCGUGUUUACGCUUUAGCGCGUGUUUACGUUGCAUCCAGUAUCGGAAAAUAAUGGCGAUAUUUUCCAGUCAGAGAUCAAAGCACACUUAAAUUGAAUCGAUCAAAUCAUAGCAGUUGAUUUAAAUGUGUUUGUAGAUGGUGCAGUAGAGUGUCCCGAAGACUUCAGAUCCUUCACUUCCUCUCCCUCUUGAUCCAGAGCCACAUAAUGUGGCCCCCCUAUACCUAUCAUCACCUGCUAGCCUUCCUCCUCACGUUCUUCAGCUAUGUCCUGCUUCACUCGUCACGUAAGACUUUCAGUAAUGUGAAGGUGAGCAUCUCGGCACAGUGGACACCGUCAGCAUUCCAGCAGAACGGCAGCACUUCAACUUUGUCUCCUGGGGAGACAUGGGAGGAAAACCAACUGUUUGCUGAUGUGGAAGAGGCCACGCUGUUCCUGGGUGCCCUGGACUCCAUCUUUCUCUUCUCUUAUGCUGUGGGUUUGUAUAUCAGUGGAGUAAUUGGCGAUCGGUUCAACCUUCGCUAUGUCCUGUCCUUCGGUUUAUGUGGAUCUGCUAUCACGGAAUUUGUGUUUGGCACUUUGACAGAGUGGCUUCACUUUUAUAAUGUGUACUUUUACUGCAUCUUGUGGGUGUUAAAUGGACUGCUCCAGUCUACUGUAUGGCCUUGUGUUGUGGCCAUCAUGGGUAACUGGUUUGGAAAGUCUGGGCGAGGGUUUGUUUUUGGACUUUGGAGUGCAUGUGCGUCUGUGGGGAACAUUCUGGGUGCGUUUCUUGCCUCCAGUGUCCUGAAGUACGGCUAUGAGUAUGCUUUUCUGGUGACAUCAGUGGUGCAGUUUGCAGGUGGUGUGGUGGUGUUUUUUGGCCUGCUUACAUCCCCAAAAGAAAUUGGACUAAGUGACUACUCUGAGACAGGUCUGAGACCAGUGACAAGAGACACAGACAGUCAGCGUCCUCUGAUAAGUGAUGAUGAAGAUGAGUUAUGUGAUGAAUACUCCAUACAGCAGCGGGAUGAGGAGCCUGAACCACAGCCCAAAGCCAUCGGCUUUCUCCAGGCCUUCUGCCUGCCAGGAGUCAUUCCCUAUUCUCUGGCUUAUGCAUGUCUGAAGCUGGUCAACUACUCUUUCUUCUUCUGGCUGCCAUUUUAUCUCAGCCAAAACUUUGGCUGGAAGGAGGUUCAGGCCGACCGGCUCUCUGUGUGGUAUGAUGUGGGAGGCAUUGUUGGAGGAACCGUGCAAGGCUUGAUCUCAGAUCUUUUGGGAAAGCGAGCUCCUGUGUUAGCGAUCAGUCUGCUGCUGGCCAUGGGAGCGUUAGUGGGAUACAGCCACUCUCCAAACAACCAGCUGGUAAAUGGAGCUCUUCUAGCAACAACAGGUUUCCUUAUCGGAGGCCCAUCGAACAUGAUCAGUUCAGCGAUCUCUGCAGAUUUGGGUCGACAGGAAGCACUGCAGAAUAGUCAGGAGGCUUUGGCCACUGUCACAGGAAUAGUGGACGGCACAGGAAGCAUUGGAGCUGCGGGGGGACAGUAUCUGGUAUCGCUUAUCGAGAGCAAAUUAGGAUGGAUGUGUGUCUUCUAUUUCUUCAUAAUAAUGACAGGGUGCAGUAUACUCUUCAUCAUUCCACUCCUUUACUGUGAAAUCCGCUCUUUGUGCCGGGACAGUCAAGCUCGAACGCAUCAGCUCUGAGAUGAACGCACUUUGCCUGAAUCUGGAUAGAAAAACUGGCCGUUUUUAAAAGACAGACAUCCUAUUUGGGAAUUCAACCUUCUGUUUUAGAAUUUAGUUUUAUUUAGUCUGGCUACUUCAUAUCAAGGCGUUGUUCAGGCAGGCAGAGAAUAUGUGGUUUUUCUUCUGUUAAUAUGAAAGCCUGAUUUCACUAAUGAUCUGACUCUUGGCCAUGUGAUGACUUCUAUAUCUCAUUACACUAGCAACCACUGUCUGAACAAAAGGGUCGGCAAAUGGCAGUGUGCUCAUUUCUAAAGGUUGGAUAUGGAAAUCCACUUUGUUUUAAUUAAAUUAUCCCAUUUAUGAACGCCAUCUUGGAAUGUUGCUUAAAAUACGUUUCUUAGUUUUAUUUCUGUAUAUUGCCAUCAGGACCUUUUUUUUUGGAGUUUUUAAAUUCCAGUUUUUAAUUAUUGGUAGAGGGCAGGACCCUCUUGAGCUUAAUUUGGGCUGAUUGUAGCUUGAUUAAAUGGUGUAUUGAAUGAUUACUUGAACAGAGGACCUUGAUUCAUAGCGUCAUGUAGGUUUUUGGGGUGGUAAUUUCGAUGUGCAACUUUUUUUUAAUUCACACUAAGUGUAUAAUGGUAUAUUUAAAUAUAACACUACAAUUAAGCAAAUGUACGUUUGUAUUUAAACUAUUGGAACCUGUACAGUUAUUGUUUGAAUGUUGUACAUGUGUUGUAUUGUUCCUACAUUUGUAUAUAGUCAUAAUAAAUACAGGUGAAUAACAUGU